AUGAUUCACGCCCAAGGCGAGCAGUCCGUCGCUGCCGCCGCUGUCACCAACGGCUACCCCGCGAAACCCCACCUAUCCGAGUCGCCUCCCCGCUCCUUUUACGACGUCUGCGUCGAGCUCCGAGAUAAGGUCGACGCUUUUCUGGCCGAAGAACCGAAAACGUCCGUGUUGCGAAAUGUUCAGGAGCAGCUGCGCGUGUCUAUGGGAGUAGUGGAUGAGGCCUUGGCCAGGUACAGCUUGGAACAGAUCUCGCUAUCAUACAACGGAGGCAAGGACUGUCUGGUGCUUCUAAUUAUGCUCCUUGCCUGCCUCGCACGAAGAUUUCCAUCCUCCUCCAAGUCGGCCGAGACGAAUGGCUCGAACGGUUCCAACGGCAACACCUCCUCCUUCCCCGAUCAAGUCCAGGCUGUCUACAUCGUAUCGAAGCACCCCUUUGCUGAGGUUGACGACUUCGUCGAGUCAUCCAGCUCAAUAUAUCAUCUCGAUGUCAAGAGAUACGCCAUGUCCAUGAAGGAGGGUCUGGAGGCAUAUCUGGGUGAUAGGCCAAACGUAGAGGCCAUUUUCGUGGGGACGAGGAGGACAGACCCGCAUGGCGAGAAGUUGACGCAUUUUGACCCGACAGACGCGGGAUGGCCCGCGUUUAUGCGGAUACACCCGGUAAUUGACUGGCACUACGCUGAAAUCUGGGCUUUUAUUCGUCAUUUGGAGAUCCCAUACUGUCCUUUAUACGAUCAGGGUUACACUAGUUUAGGCGGAACGCAAGAUACCCAUCCGAAUCCCCAGUUGAAGAAGGGAAAUGAGAAUGGCGCGGGAUUUCGGCCUGCUUACGAGUUGACGGAAGACGACGAAGAGAGACUGGGUCGGGAUAAAUAA